AUGCACUGGCAUGGAUUAAGCCAGUCAACUGCUCCUUUUUCAGACGGUUCUCCUAUGGCGAGCCAGUGGCCGAUACCUCCAGGACACUUUUUCGACUACGAAGUGCGGCCCCAAUACGGCGAAGCUGGGACAUACUUUUACCACUCCCAUGUCGGCUUCCAAGCUGUGUCGGCAGUAGGGCCUCUGAUUGUGCGCGAUUCCCGAGAUCCUCCCUAUUCGUACGAUGAAGAACGCGUUAUUCUUCUGACAGACUAUUUUGACAAGUCUGAUGCGCAAGUGGAGCAAGGCCUAACCUCAGAUCCAUUUACCUGGAGUGGUGAGACCGAAGCUAUCCUUGUGAAUGGCCGGGGCACAAUUAACAACUCCACUUCAGGAGGGCUCUCGUGCUCUCUUGCUUCAUUGAAUGUUGAGCCAAACAAGACAUACCGAUUUCGUAUUAUUGGCGGCACGGCUCUUUCCUUCGUUUCAAUGGCAUUCGAGGGCCAUGAAAUGGUGAUUAUUGAAGCGGACGGAGGCUACACUCAGCCCCUGCCAAUCAGACACCUCCAGAUAGGCGCGGGCCAACGCUACAGUGUCUUACUCCGGACCAAAAGUGAACGGGAGCUUUAUACAGAAGGUCGCAAGAAGUUUUUUCUACAGCUCGAGUCAAGAGAACGACCGACUCUCACACGAUCAUACGCCGUGCUUGAGUAUCCGAGAGAGAAGUACGAUAACAUUCAGCCGCCAGAGAUUCCACCUAUGGAGCUGCCCACUACGACUUUUGACUGGGUUGACAAUGACCUUUCCCCCCUCAUCCCAAACGACUUCCCUUUGCUCGCCAAUGUCACCAGACGGGUGAUUGUAAAGGUCGAGCAGAUCAUAAAUGGCUCUAUCUCAUGGAGGCAAAAUGGUGCACCUUGGGCCGAGGCAUUCCCGCAAACCCCAUACCUUGUGGCGCUCUACCAGAACAAUGAAGCGGCUCUUCCGUCAUAUGAUGUGGCCAUUGAAAAUGGCCUAGGCAUUGAUCCUCGCGUCCGAGCUUUUCCGGCCCAAAUUGGGGAGGUGUUAGAAAUUGUGAUCCAAAAUUCAGGUUCAACUGCCGGAGCACUCGAUGUGCAUCCUUUUCACUCACAUGGCUUGCAUUUUUACGAUAUUGGAAGUGGACCAGGAACCUACAAUGUCACUGAAAAUGAAUCUUCUCUAAAGUUUCGACAACCAAUCCAACGUGACACAACGAUGCUUUAUCGAUAUUCCACAACCGCACCCACAGGGCAAGCUGCAGGGUGGAGAGCAUGGCGCGUCCGGGUUACAGAUCCUGGAGUGUGGAUGAUCCAUUGCCAUACUCUACAGCAUAUGAUUAUGGCUUCCGCUAUCGAAGACUCCUCAUAG